AUGCAUAGUACGACGCUUAACCGGAGACGAAGCUUUUGCAAGCGGCCUCUGUCGAGGCGUGGGCAGGCGAAGCCGGUCCGGGUUACGAAAUCUUGCUGUGAACGACGACAUCCGAGUCCUCGUCCCCGUCCCUGUUCUCGUCCCGCUCAGUCGACAAUUUGCAGUUGUAUUAUUGAUACGAAGGAGAAUAAUUGGUGGGACGCUGCGGUGCUCUUCCGUCAUAAGGGCUCCGUCUUGCUACGCUUGGUGAAUGCAGAGGAUGCGGAGAAAGUAGUUUGUACCGAGCAAUUGGGCCCCACAGAAGCUAUGAGUUUCAUUGCUUUAGGAUCAAAACUCUAUGCUUUUCGUGGUCCUGGUACAAGUCACUACUUUUGUGAACUUGGUAGUGGGAUAUUAGGAAGAACAGAGACCUCUACAUGUUUCAGAAAGCAGGGGAUCUCUGCUCAGCGAAGCCGUAUCCCAUCGUCUCCGCCUACUGCGCGUUGA